GCCGUCGUCACGGUUUCUCCGUUAGGCCCUGCACCAAAAACACAUCCAAGAGGAGAAAGUCGCCGCAAUCAACACCCACUAUUACCACCACCACCACCGCCGCCGCUGACAGUCAGGAGAGCCAGUGCACAGCUACCCUGCCCUUGCUAUCCUCGACUGACGGCAACUUCCCCACGCACUUUGCUCCUGCUUGUCGGCGCGCACCACGAGCCUCGUCGCUCCUGCCUCGCGUGGUCGCGCUCAUGGUUCUUCUUUCCAUUUGAGCCCGUCCGUCUUCUUUCCUUCUCUGUCUUUCUUCUUUCCUGUAUCUGCCCACGCUAUUGCUACAGCUACUAGAACCACUGCCAGAAAAUCCGAAGCCAUCGACAUCUGCGCGCUCCCCACGGCCGAAGUCGAUCCGACGUCGCACCCGCAAACCUUCAUGAGGCUAUCACCGACCGCACCACCGCGACUUGUCCACCUCGCCCGGGAAACAUGACCUCCAUCCCGAGGCAGGAGCUGCAAGCUCUGGUCAAAUUGGUUAACAGCAACCAACUACUCAACCGCCAGCUUUCCAGCAUCUGCCAGCUGAACGGCCUCACUAGUAGUGGCGUGAAGGCAUCGCUGCAGAGUCGCAUUGUGAACGCUAUUCAGGAGGCAUACAACCUCAAUGAUGUGACUCGCUUUCAACAAAUCCAACGAAGCAUCGAAACCACAAGAACAGGUGCAUCCUCUUCGCCCGCCUCCCAUAAGCAGGGUCGCCCUUCCGCAGCGACUACGCCCGUACCUAUGUUGCGGCAAGAUCCAUACUGGGGAACCUCGCGCAGCGCUCGCCCUGGCGGUCUGAAUGCGCACGCUCUGCCCAGUUACGGAUCAAGACCUUCAUUCAGGAAUAGCCCGUUUUACGAGAUACAGUUCCGGGUUGGAGAUGUCCGCACUUGCGAAGCCAUGACCCAGCACAGGAAUAUGGUGUCUGUCCCGGUCAGAGCCAGCGAGAACCCAGGAGUCAGCAGAGUUCUCGAAGACAAAUCGCUGCGCAUCAUGGUGUUCUGCGCCGCGGACAAUAGCGGAACCCAAGACAUUUCCUUCCCCCACCAGUCGGAAAUCAAGAUCAACGGCAAUGAGGUCAAGGCGAACCUGAGAGGCUUGAAGAACAAGCCGGGAUCGACAAGGCCAGUCGAUAUCACAAGCUACCUGCGUCUGAAAAACGACAACCGGAAUCUCGUUGAGUUCACUUACGCGCUGACUCAAAAGAAAUUCUACCUCGUUCUUUACGCUUGCAAAAUCACCUCGACUCAGGAAUUGGCCGAUAAGAUCAAGGUCGGGAAGAAGAUCCCAAAAUAUAAGGUCAUUGAAGAGAUCAGCAAGAAGGCAGCGGAUACGGAUAUCGUGACCACGUCACAAGUCUUGUCUCUCAAAUGUCCUCUCUCCUAUAUGCGUCUCGAUGUUCCGUGCCGUUCUGUCAACUGCUCACACAUCCAAUGCUUUGACGCAACAUCAUAUCUCCAGCUGCAAGAACAAGGCCCCCAGUGGCUCUGUCCCAUUUGCAACAAGUCCGCCCCAUUUGAGCAGCUGGCUGUUGAUGAGUAUGUCAGGGACAUCCUGGCCAACACGUCCAAGUCUCUUGAUCAGGUUACGAUCGAGCCUGAUGGUCAGUGGCGAGUGAACUCGGCACAAAACGAUAGCAAGCCUACCAACGGUGGAAGCGGCCUUCUUGAUGAUGAUGACGACGACGACGAUUGGGGCAUUGUUGAAGUCAAUCCUAUCCGCAGCCGCAAUUUCGAAACACCCAACCGCUCAGUAGCCAGCACGGCUACUCCCACCACAACAGUCAUGUCCCGGGAGAGCUCGGCCAUGCCGCGAGGCGUGGCCACAACGAGCGGCAAGCGACUUCAUUCGGAGAGAGUAACGAUAGAUCUGACUCUUUCUGAUGACGACGAGGAACCCACCGAACCGCCUCCGAAGAGACAGCAGUUGCAGCAGCCGGGCGUGAACAGUUACACCAACGGCUACAGCAGUGGUCUGCCAUACUAG